AUGAUCUCGGUCAUGUCUUACCAGUAUCCUACUACCCUACCUCCAAACGGCCCCGAAGCAGCCAUGUCCCAAGCCGGAUACGCGCCCAACUACGGCGCGCCAGCCCCCGGACCUCCGCUCAUGGUCCCGAGAUCCCAUGAGCAAUCUCUCAAGGAACGAAAAGAUUCCUCCUCGCAGGCGAGUUUGACGUUGAAACGUUGCAUGUCCACGCCUAACGUCAGACCGCGGCAGGCCAGUGCCUCCGACCCCAAUCAGGCAGCCCUGGCUGCUGACAAGAAACGAAACAAGCUGGGUUAUCACCGAACCUCAGUAGCAUGUGCACCUUCCCGGGCAUCCACGGGACCCAAGGCUGUUUCUGCGUCUUCGUCUCCGGCGAUGGCCGCCGGGCAGUCGCCAGACAUGUCCCAGUUCCAACAGUACCAACACGUGGCAAUGUCAUCUGCCCAGAACAUGGCCCCGCCUACCAUGCGACCAUCGAACAUCGAAGCGAGUAAGGCACAGCAUGCGUUAAGGACCGGAGAAGUCAUUGACAAAGAGAAACUAGUGCCUUCGGGGCCAGCAUCGAUAUCCCGUUCGUUCGACUUCCCGAACCAAGCGAUCUCGAACUGGAUACCACCAGAUGGGAGCUCUAGCUCAGCAAAGCCGUCCAAUCUGAACGAGACCUGGAGAUCGUACUCUCAAGAGUCUCCAAUGACUUCAUCUUUUUCACCGUACACGCCUCAGGGGCCUGGAUCUGCCGGGUGGGGAACGGCAAUCAACGCAGACCCUAAUGCCCGAGAAGAAAUGGGAUGGGCCUCUUUCGUGCCUCCGGGCUCCGUACCGUUCCCUAGCGAAGCUCAGUUGUCAUCUCAGUACGUCGCGAUGCCGCAGGGCCGCUCCUUUGGCAGGAAAUCGUCCACAAUGUCGAUGGAUAUGUACCCGGGCCACAUAACAACCUCUGUCUCGGGUCUCGAACCACACGGUGCAUCUCUGUCUGCAGGAGCAGUUCCUCCGUCAGGCUUCGGGUCUUGGGAGCAGCCGUACACCUACACCAAGAUGAACGAAGGAUGGGGAUACGAAGAGCCCAGGGACAACUAA